AUGAUCAUGAGUUACUUGGGUGAUGAUCACCGUGACUGGGAUUUAAAUAUUCAUGCAUUCCAGUUCGCGUAUAAUACUGCAGUACAUGAGUCACUCGGUGUGAGUCCCGCCUAUUUGAAUUUGGGCCGUGAUCCCUGCCCAAUUCGUAAUCAUCGAACUACUGAUGAUAAUAAUAUUGUGGUCGAUGAUCAUGCGGACCGCAGUGGUUGGAUUCAACGGAUGGAUCGUAUGGUAGAAUUACGUGAUAUCGUCAAUCAACGUAUUCGACGAUCCUCUGAACGAUAUGCGGCUUAUUAUAACGAUAAAAGACGUAAUAUUUUGUUUGAAGUAGGUGAUCAGGUAUAUAAACCUACUCACGUCUUGUCGAAAAAGAGUGAGCAGGUUGUGGGUAAGCUAGCACCACGCUAUGCGGGCCCAUUUGUCAUCUCGAAAGUGGUAACUCCAGUUAUCGUUGAAAUGGAGACCCCCGAGGGCAAAUAUAUUGGUCGUAGCCAUGUUAAAUUUUUAAAAUUAGUUAAGCGAGCUGAAAAUGUCCGUCAGAGGCAAGCUGACGCAAUCGCAUGGAUAAAUGCUUUAUCUAUUACUACUACUUGA